AUGUUUGAGAUAAAACUCAAUGAGAAGCUAGUGGAGCUUUUGGAGCCCUUGCGCAGCGAAAGUAGCGAAAUUGGAAGGUUUUUGGACAACGGAAAUAUACCAAUGAAGAGCCUGCUGGCUUUGCAAAAACAGCAACUUGGACACAUGCAGCUUUGUGAAGUGCUGCAUCCACUAGAAUUUAAGUUCAAGAGUCGACCAGCUCGGGGCUCAGAAUAUAGCGACUCUUUCAAGAAACAACUGGAUCGUCUGCGACUGGAGCUAAACGAACAGGAAUAUCAGGAAAUGGUCAAACGGGACGGUCUCACAACGUUUCACGACGAGGACAACCUUACACCGGCUCAGAUGAACAAACAAGUGAAAGAACAGGUUACCACCGUGUUCAACAUUUUGGUUUCGGUAGUUUCGGUCGUUUUUGCCGCGUGGUACUGGUCAGGCUCUUCUGCGGGCAUGAAACCUCACAACAGAAUCAUUCUAUGCCUGUUCAGUGGCAUUUUGAUCCUGGUGGCAGAGGUGGUGGUGUAUAAUAGCUAUCUGCGGAAAAUCGAUGAAGCCAGGAAACGGGAAAAAAGCAAACGGGAGGUCAAAACGGUCAUCAAGCAACUUUAG